AUGGACAACUACACGACGUGGAGUAAUUUAACUCAAGUUCUGUCGGAGCUGGACGGGACGAGCGGUGAGGAGGAGGAAGAGGACGAGGAGGAGGAGGAGGGCAGCGGUGGAGGGAGCGGCGGACUGCGCGUCCUUGUCGGCUGCGUCCUCUUCCUGCUCAUCGUGUCCACGCUGCUCGGGAACACGCUGGUGUGCGCCGCCGUGGUCAGGUUCCGCCACCUGCGCUCCAAAGUCACCAACUUCUUCGUCAUCUCGCUGGCCGUGUCCGACCUGUUCGUGGCCGUGCUGGUGAUGCCCUGGGAGGCCAUCACUGAGGUGACCGGCACGUGGCUGUUCGGACGGUUUUGCGGGGUCUGGAUCGCCUUUGACAUCAUGUGCUCCACGGCCUCCAUCUUGAAUCUGUGCAUAAUUAGCGUGGACCGGUACUGGGCCAUUGCCAGCCCAUUCAAGUAUGAGCGGAAGAUGACUCACCGGGUUGCGUUUGUCAUGAUCGGGGUGGCGUGGACGCUGUCGAUCCUGAUCUCCUUCAUCCCAGUUCAGCUCAACUGGCACCAGGCGGGGGAGGAGGCAGAAGAAGAGGUGAAGGAGGAGGUCAGCAACUUCAACACCAGCGCUGUCGCCAAGAGCUGCGUUGCCAACCUGAACAAAACCUACGCCAUCUCCUCCUCCUUCAUCAGCUUCUACAUCCCGGUGGUGAUCAUGAUCGCCACCUACACCCGGAUCUACAGGAUUGCUCAGACCCAGAUCCGUAGGAUCACGUCCUUGGAGAGGGCGGCAGAGCAGGCUCAGAACCAAGGCCAUGGUGUGAACCGGAACCAGCAUCAGCAGCACAGACCCAACGAUGAAGCCUCAUUGAAGUCGUCAUUUAAGAAGGAAACCAAAGUCCUAAAGACACUCUCCAUUAUCAUGGGGGUGUUUGUCUUCUGCUGGCUGCCGUUCUUCGUCCUCAACUGCACGGUCCCGUUCUGUGACCCACCCUGUGUCAGCGACACCACCUUCACCGUCUUCGUCUGGUUCGGCUGGGCCAACUCCUCCCUCAAUCCUGUCAUCUACGCAUUCAACGCAGACUUCCGUCGGGCCUUCGCCACCAUUCUGGGCUGCAACCAAAUCUGCUCAAACAACACGGUGGAAGCGGUGAACUUCAGUGACGAGCUUGUUUCUUACCACCACGACACGACACUACACAAGGAGGCGUUAGUCCCGGUGCAGCCGCAGCAGCAUCCCCGCACCAUUAACGUCAGUUCCGACCACCUGGAGGACAUGAGUGCUCAGUUUGAUGAAGAGUCGAUGAUCUCCUAUGGUUCCCGGAGCGACAACAGACUGCUGCUGCUUCCUGCCACCGUCCAGCUUGAGGAUGACCCGGAAAUCUCCUUGGAAACGAUCACGCCGUUCACCUCAGCAGCGGGGCCAGAGAGUGAAGCUCUAAUACCAGGACAAGUCCUCCAGGAUGGAUAGGACAGAAACUGUACUGAACUGACCGACAUAAUCAGACAGGAAGUUAGGCUGGGUUGCCUUCAAAAUAAAAGCAUAAACUUAA